CGGUGCACGGUUUACUGUGCACCAGGUGCGCACAAUAAAUUAGUUUGUCAAAAGACUCACAUGUGGGCCCCAUCUCUCAGCCUGAAACAGUGAUACGCGCAUAAUGGAGAAGCAAAUUUCAAUGGCGAGCAACGAGUAUUAAGUGUACACAGUAGCCUCACUCCUUCGUGCUCAACAUAUAUAUAUAUAUAUAUAUAUAUAUAGACAUAGUGUGUUAAUGCACAGCGAAAGAGAGAGAGAGCUCCAUUUUGGAUGCGUAGUAAAACUCCAUUUCUCCCUCUCUCUCUCUCUCUCUCUCUCUCGCGAGCUCGCCAUUAAUGGCGAACUAGCAUUUUCCAAGAACAAAAGGAAAUUUUUUUUGAAAAAAAGCACCACGAAAAUGGCGCCAUUACUAUGUAACAGCUCCGUCGUCUUCUUCCUUCUCCUCCUCCUCCUCCUCCUACCUUGUUUACUCGCCACGCCUAGCGCCAUUAACGACGACGUACUCGGCCUCAUCGUCUUCAAAGCGGGGCUACGGGACCCCCGCUCCAGCCUCGGGUCGUGGAGCGAGGACGACGAGUCGCCCUGCUCCUGGGCCGGGGUCGCGUGCGACCACCGCUCGGGACGGGUGACGGAGCUGGCGCUCGCGGGGCUCGGGCUCGCCGGGGAGCUCCAGCCCCGCGGGCUCCUCCAGCUCCAGUCGCUCCAGAGGCUCUCCCUCGCCCGCAACGGCUUCUCCGGGGCGCUGAACCCUAGCCUCGCCCGGAUCAAAACCCUAGCCGCGGUCUCCCUCGCCGACAACGCGCUCACCGGGGCCGUCCCCGCGAGCGUGGGCGGGUGCUCUGCCCUGGUCAGCCUAAACAUUUCGUCGAACAGGUUGCGGGGGUCCAUUCCGAGCUCAAUUUGGUCCCUGUACAACCUCAAAUCCCUCGAUCUCUCCUUCAAUUCCUUCUCCGACGAGCUCCCUGCUGGAAUCGGUAAGCUUUACAAGCUUCGAACGCUCAACUUGCGCGGGAAUCGGCUCUCGGGCCCGGUCCCCGCCGACAUCGGCAGCUGCUAUCUGUUGAAAACACUCGAUCUCAGCUCAAAUUUGCUCAAUGGUGAUCUCCCCGAAUCAAUGCAGAAGCUUUCCGUGUGCAGUUACUUGAGCUUGGGAUCGAAUUCGUUGUCCGGCCAAGUUCCCAAUUGGAUUGGGGAGAUGAAAAGCUUGCAGCUUUUGGAUCUGUCGCGCAACCAGUUCGCCGGGCGAGUCCCCGAUUCAAUCCAAAAUCUCACUUUUCUGCAGAAACUGGAUUUUUCUGAGAACAAUUUUACGGGGAACCUGCCGGAAUCGAUUGGUGCUUGCAGAAGCUUGCUGGAAUUGGACUUCAGCGGGAAUUCUUUGAUGGGUAGUCACCCAUCUUGGAUUUUUCGAUCAGGACUGAAGAGGAUUUCGCUUUCGGGUAACAAAAUGAGUGGCAUGAUACAAAUCCCCAGUGAUGCUCCGCAGAAUCUGAGCAUGUUGGAUUUAUCUGACAACACAUUUUCUGGUGAAAUUCCACUUGAUAUCAAGAAAUUUCAUGAACUGAAGCUGUUAAAUCUUUCAAAGAACUCGAUUUCGGGUUCUGUCCCAGUGACAGUUGGAGAGAUCAAGUCAUUAGAAGUGCUUGAUCUCAGUUGGAACCUAUUGAAUGGGAGCAUCCCAAAUGAAAUUGGGGGAUUGGUUUCUCUCAAGGUGCUGAGAUUGGAUAAGAACUCACUUACAGGAGAAAUACCAGUGCAGAUAGGGAACUGUUCAUCCCUCACAUCUUUGAUACUAUCAGAGAACAAUCUCACAGGGCCAAUUCCUACAGCAGUAGGCAAUCUCACCACCAUCCAAACAAUUGACCUAUCCUCCAAUAAACUCACUGGCACUCUCCCUAAGCAACUCUCCAACCUCCCUCACCUCCUCUUCUUCAACAUCUCCCGCAACCUCUUUUCCGGCAACCUCCCCGCCGGAAACUUUUUUAACACCAUUUCCCCGUCUUCCCUCUCCGACAACCCUGGCCUCUGCGGGUCUGUCCUUAACCGCUCGUGCCCCGGGGUCCUCCCAAAGCCGAUCGUCCUAAAUCCUAACUCCUCCUCCGAUCCUGUCUCCAACCCUAACUCUCCAUCCGAUGCCCGUCACAAGAAGAUAAUCUUCAGCAUCUCUGCUCUCGUAGCCAUUGGGGCCGCUGCCCUAAUCACGGUCGGCGUGAUCACAAUUACAGUCCUUAACAUCCGAGUUCGCUCCUCCGCCUCUCGCUCCACAGCUGCUCUCGCCCUUUCUGACGAUUACUACAGCCAUUGCCAUUCGCCUGCAACUGAUGACAGUUCGGGCAAGCUAGUAAUGUUUUCUGGGACCGACCCACAGUUUAGCUUCGGGGCCCAUGCCAUACUCAACAAGGAUUGCGAGCUGGGCCGCGGGGGAUUCGGUACUGUGUACAAGACCAUGCUGGGGGACGGCCGUCCGGUGGCAAUCAAGAAGCUCACGGUUUCGAGCCUAGUGAAGUCGCAAGAAGAUUUCGAGAGACAGGUGAACAAGCUAGGGAAAGUAAGGCACCCAAAUCUCGUCGCUUUCGAAGGGUAUUAUUGGACUCCAUCCUUGCAACUACUUAUCUACGAGUUUGUUCCUGGCGGUAGCUUAUACAAACACCUUCACGAGAGCUCUCCAUCGAACCAUCUACCGUGGCAGGAACGGUUUGAUAUCAUACUUGGAACAGCUAGAAGCUUGGCUCAUUUACAUCGUCACAACGUAAUUCACUACAAUCUCAAAUCAAGCAACAUUCUUAUCGAUGGGGCGGGUGAACCCAAGGUCGGGGACUACGGAUUGGCCAAACUGCUGCCGAUGCUAGACCGAUAUGUUCUUAGUAGCAAAGUCCAAAGCGCGCUUGGAUACAUGGCACCGGAAUUCGCAUGUAAAAUCAUGAAGAUCACUGAGAAGUGCGACGUGUACGGGUUCGGGGUUUUGGCGCUUGAGAUAGUGACGGGGCGGCGGCCUGUGGAGUACAUGGAGGAUGAUGUGGUGGUCCUUUGCGAUGUGGUGAGGGGGGCAUUGGAGGAAAGGAGAGUGGGGGAGUGUAUUGACGAGAGGUUAGGGGGUAAGUUUCCAGUCGAGGAGGCGGUGUCGGUUGUGAAAUUAGGGUUGAUUUGCACGUCACAGGUGCCGUCGAACCGGCCCGACAUGGCCGAGGUGGUGAACAUUUUGGAGCUCAUCAGGUGCCCACAAGAUAGCCCAGAAGAGGAGUUGAUUUAGGCUACUCUUGUUUUUGUUUUUGGUCCUUUUUAGCUGGGAUUUACAAUAUGAAGAGAAAUAUAGGAUUUUAGAUUGAAGAGAAAACUGGUUUGUUUGUUUAUGGGUGAAAAUAGAUGGCAUCUAUUUUCUAAUCUAAUACUAUUGUUGGUGAGGGGAGGUGAAAAUGUUUUCAAACUUUUGUUUUGUGUUGUUUUGUACCAAUGAAUUUGUUUUCACUGAGCUCUUAACAUUGUUUGAUAACUCACAAGAACUUCACAA